AUGGCAACCAUCCCCUCCAGCAGCUUACUCGUGGCCACCCAGGACUAUUACUGGCACCGCCUGGGCUCCACUUCCAGUAACAGCUCCUUCGAAGUGCAGAGUAUGGUGGGGAAGUCACUCCUCACCACCCGGGUCUCCCCAAGGCCAACCUGGGUCACUGGUAUGCAUGCUGCUGCUUCUGGAAGUCCACUCUCCCACUCAUGGCUACAGUGUUGGAGUCCCCAGAAUGCUCAGAAUCUUGCCAGGCCUCCAGCAGCACAAUCACCUGCAACUUGGCUCUGGAAGCCAUGA